AGAAACAAAAGGGGUCGAUCCGCAGUCAGCUGCUCGUCCUGGAAUGGCCCCCAACCACCAGUCAGCCACCAGAUCUUGAAAGAUAUACACACCCAUUGGGAAUUUAUAUACAAUCUCCCCACUUAUACACGCUCAAUCCAAUCUCACUCUUCCUUUCUCAGCCCCUUCCCCUCUCUCUCUCUCUCUCCCUAACUCUUCUUGCUCUUGCACGUAAGUGAGACUGUACCCGUUACCACUUACCCGCACUUCAACACCGUGUGCGUGUGUGUGUGGGAGGGUGUGGAGGAGGAGGAGGAGGAGGAGGAGGAGGAGGAGGAGGGAGGUCGCCAUCGUCAUCAUCCACUUAUCGUUACAAGCCGCCACAUCGAAGCAAUCUUCUCUCGCCUUGGCCACGAGCUGUGGGCGAGAUUUUGCUUCCCAUCUUGGGUCCAAGAACAAAGCUUGAGCAAUGGCAGAAGAGUUGGAGAAACCAUUGCUUAACCCGGAAAACUUCAACAGAGAUAAUAUCGAUUUGGAACGCCUACCCCUAGAAGAAGUUUUUGAGCAACUGAGGACAUCACACCAAGGUCUCUCUUCUGAGGAUGCUGAAGCUCGGGUGACCAUUUUUGGUCUGAACAAGCUGGAAGAGAAGCCAGAGAACAAGUUCUUAAAAUUUCUGAGUUUUAUGUGGAAUCCACUGUCUUGGGUUAUGGAAGCUGCAGCAAUCAUGGCUAUUGCCUUGGCUAAUGGUGGAGGCGAGGGUCCCGACUGGCAAGAUUUUGUUGGUAUUGUUUGCCUCUUGCUGAUCAACUCGACUAUCAGCUUUAUAGAGGAAAACAAUGCUGGUAACGCAGCAGCAGCACUUAUGGCCCGUUUGGCUCCAAAAACUAAGGUUCUCAGAGAUGGGCAUUGGCAAGAGAUGGAUGCUGCUGUCCUAGUACCUGGGGACAUAAUUAGUAUAAAACUCGGAGACAUCAUCCCUGCGGAUGCACGGCUUCUUGAAGGAGACCCAUUAAAGAUCGACCAGUCUGCUCUCACGGGAGAAUCUCUGCCAGUGACGAAAAGGACCGGAGAUGAAGUUUACACGGGAUCAACAUGUAAGCAUGGAGAAAUUGAAGCCGUAGUUAUUGCAACUGGGGUUCACUCAUUCUUUGGAAAAGCUGCACAUUUAGUUGACUCCACUGAAGUUGUUGGACAUUUCCAGCAGGUACUUACCGCCAUCGGGAACUUCUGCAUUUGCUCCAUUGCUGUGGGAAUGAUUCUCGAAAUCAUAGUCAUGUUCCCGAUACAACACCGCUCAUACAGAGAUGGAAUCAACAAUCUUCUUGUUCUAUUGAUCGGAGGUAUUCCCAUUGCCAUGCCGACAGUGUUGUCUGUCACUUUGGCAAUUGGUUCUCACCGGCUCUCUCAACAGGGUGCCAUUACAAAAAGGAUGACAGCAAUCGAGGAGAUGGCGGGAAUGGAUGUCCUCUGCAGUGAUAAGACUGGGACUCUUACUUUGAAUCGCCUCACAGUUGAUCGCAACCUCAUUGAGGUUUUUAACAAGGAUAUGGACAAAGACUUUAUUGUCUUGCUAGCAGCCAGAGCAUCCCGACUAGAAAAUCAGGACGCCAUCGAUGCAGCCAUUGUUAACAUGCUUGCAGAUCCAAAGGAGGCUCGUGCAAACAUCCAAGAAGUCCAUUUUCUACCUUUCAAUCCAGUGGACAAGCGCACUGCAAUCACUUUCAUUGAUUCUGAUGGCAUUUGGUAUCGUGCAAGCAAGGGUGCUCCUGAACAGAUUCUCAACAUGUGCCAAGAGAAAAAUGAGAUUGCGGGAAAAGUACAUACCAUCAUUGACAAAUUUGCUGAAAGGGGUUUGCGGUCACUUGCAGUUGCUCUUCAGGAAGUUACAGAGAAAAGCAAGGAAAGUCCUGGAGGCCCAUGGACAUUCUGCGGCUUGUUGCCCUUGUUUGAUCCUCCAAGACACGACAGUGCGGAGACAAUUCGGAGAGCUCUUAACCUUGGAGUUUGUGUCAAGAUGAUUACAGGUGACCAGUUAGCUAUUGCAAAGGAGACGGGCAGAAGACUUGGCAUGGGAACAAACAUGUAUCCUUCUUCAGCGCUGUUAGGCCGUGAAAAGGAUGAAAAUGAAGCUCUCCCAGUGGAUGAGCUCAUAGAGAAGGCCGAUGGUUUUGCUGGUGUAUUCCCAGAGCACAAGUAUGAGAUUGUGAAAAUUUUACAAGAAAAGAAGCACGUGGUUGGAAUGACUGGAGAUGGUGUGAACGAUGCGCCAGCUCUAAAGAAAGCAGAUAUCGGAAUUGCUGUGGCUGACUCUACAGAUGCCGCAAGGAGUGCGGCUGAUAUAGUCUUGACGGAGCCUGGUUUAAGUGUGAUCGUUAGUGCAGUCUUAACUAGCCGAGCUAUUUUUCAGAGGAUGAAAAAUUACACUAUAUAUGCAGUCUCAAUAACUAUAAGGAUUGUGCUUGGUUUUGUGCUCCUAGCAUUGAUAUGGGAAUAUGACUUCCCCCCUUUCAUGGUCCUUAUAAUUGCAAUUCUGAAUGACGGUACAAUCAUGACAAUCUCCAAAGAUCGUGUAAAGCCAUCUCCAAGGCCUGAUAGCUGGAAGCUCAACGAAAUAUUUGCAACUGGAGUUGUGAUUGGAACAUAUCUUGCCUUAGUCACUGUCCUCUUCUACUGGGUAGUGCUUGACACUACAUUCUUUGAGGAUCACUUUGGUGUGAGUUCACUAUCGAGCAACAGCGAGGAAGUCUCUUCUGCUGUAUAUCUCCAAGUCAGUAUCAUCAGCCAGGCCCUUAUAUUCGUUACCCGCAGUCAGAGUUGGUCAUUUGUUGAGAGACCUGGAACCCUCUUGAUGAUCGCAUUUGUGGUGGCUCAGCUGGUGGCAACCUUGAUCGCUGUCUAUGCAAAGAUAAGCUUUGCCUACAUCAGUGGCAUCGGAUGGGGAUGGGCUGGAGUUAUCUGGCUAUACAGCUUGAUCUUCUACAUACCACUGGACAUAAUCAAAUUCACGGUUCGUUAUGCUCUGAGCGGUGAAGCAUGGAAUCUUGUGUUCGAUAGAAAGACAGCCUUUACUUCCAGGAAAGACUACGGGAAGGAUGAAAGGGCUGCUCAGUGGGUACUUUCUCAAAGAAGUCUUCAGGGGUUGUCUGCUUCAGACUUGGAGUUUAAUGGGCGGCGGUCUCGAUCUUCUCUGAUCGCUGAACAGGCCAGGCGGCGGGCAGAGAUAGCAAGGCUCGGUGAAAUUCACACGCUGAAAGGUCAUGUGGAAUCAGUUGUAAGACUUAAGAAUCUGGAUUUGAACAUGAUCCAAUCGGCUCAUACAGUUUGAGGGGUCAACAUGCAUUGUUGUGACGUUCAAUUUUCUACUGAAGGCAAAACGGGAAGCAGUCACCCCUUGGAACCAAUGGUCAGUAAAAUUCUGCAAGAAUUUUCACCUUCUCUUGCUCAGUGAUUGUGUGGCUCUACAUAUGAUAUUCCAAAUUCCUGGGCUCCAAGAUGAGGCAUGUAUCUCUAAGGGGUCUCUGCUAAUAACCUGUGCCACUUUCUUCUUGCUGCAAUUUCCCAUUUCUUAGUAUGUAUUUGCAAUUUUUUGGGAGAGGAGGACUUCAGUUUUGAGCUUGAGAUAUUCUUCUUUCGGUUGGAGAGAUUUAUGUAAUUUAGGUAACUCCAAAGGUAAUAAAAGUGCUUGGCACAGCAUAAAGUUUCUCUUCA